GAUCUAGAUGCUGUUUUAAGAGCACAGUCUGUACUGUUUGUGAUUGAAGAAGAAGUGGAAACAAAGCCAGAAAAUAUGUUGAGUCAUACAGAUAUUCUGUUUAAUAUGUCCUGAAACACAAACUUCAGCGAAGACCUACUUUAGUAAAGAUGCAUGGCAGCUUGUUUUAAAUACUCUCAAAGUAUUAGAAGAUAUGUAUAUUAGUAACACUCAGAAGUAUUAUGAUAAGAUUUCUCCAUGCCAAACAAGAAAAGGCAAAGCUUUAAUAGGUCCAGUUGAAGGAAGAAUAUUUAAAAAGUUUUCAAAAAGGACAUCAGACCAGAUUAAAUCAAGUAAAAAAGAUAAGAAAUCCUUUGAUAGUGAUGACAGAUCUCCAUUUAAAGCAAGAAAAGGUAGUAGAGAUAAGAAAUCCUUUGAUAGUGAUGACAGAUCUCCAUUAAAAGCUAGGAAAUCCUUAAAUAGCAAAGACAGUUCUCCAUAUAAAGCAAGAAAUGAUUUAAAUAAUCCAAUAGAUGUUUGCCCAAAUUUAGAAAGGACCAGUGAAACUACUGGAGAAUAUGAAAGGAUUGGUAAAAAUACUAAAAAGGAUGCAAUUACAGGACUUAUUAAUCAUUCAUCGACAAAAGAUAAAAAAUCCGAAAUAGGCAGAAAAAGAUCAGGAAAUAAGAAAAUAUAUACAGCAGAAUCCAAGAAGUGUACAGUAAGACUGACUGAUAUUGGUACUAUUAAAAACUUGAAAACAUAUGUAAACAAGACAGAGAAAAAAAGAAAAAGAAGGAAGAUAUGUGUAAAGAACUUGUAAAAAAAUGUUAAAUGU